UUCACAAUCUUGCCCGAUUCUCUAUUUAUACAGAGAGAUUUCCUUAACGAUUUCCAGGUACCCAUUUUCUACAUCAACCCAGCUGAUAUUUGCAAUGGUGUCUGAAUCAAAUAAAGUUGUGAAAGCAAUGGCAGAAGAGAGCAGUACAACUUCACUGGUAUCCCGCAAGCGUGUAUUCCCCUGUCGCCAUUGUUCCAGACAAUUUCAUACCCAUCAAGCUUUAGGAGGCCACCAAAAUGCCCACAACAACAGCAAGAAGAAAAAGCCCACGCCCACCAUCACCAAUUUCACCUCAAUCUUUGCCCAACACAAAAAAUGGCGCAGAUUGGCACCUCGCCCACCUUCAGUUUUUUCAAUUCAUGGCCUCUUUACAACCACAGAUCUUCAUCAUUCUUCACCCUCUCUUAACAUAAGCCCACAUUCUUCAGCCCAAAUUGGGUUUCAGCAAUAUCCUUUCAGCCCAAGUUUGUUUGGAGGUCUUCAAUCAUGCGGAAGUAAGACUGAAUGUAAAAUGGCAGGAUUUCAGCCCAUUGUCCAUGGUGGUCUUCAAUCAUUUGGAAGUAAGAGUGAGCCUAAAGAGGCAGGAUUUCAGCCCAUUGCCCAUGGUGAUCUUCAAUCAUGUGGAAGGAAGACUCAGUCCAUUGCUCAUGGUGGUCUUCAAUCAUGUGGAAGGAAGACUGAGCCUAAAGAGCCAGUAUAUCAGCCCAUUGCUCAUGGUGGUCUGUACUGUCCUGCUACUAUGUUUGGUGGUGGCGAUCCUUGCAGUUUUCAAAGUGCUGGGCAAAAGGAGAAUGGUGGGUUGGAAAGAGUUCCUUACAGUUUUCAGAUUCCUCUCCAGGAAACAGUUGAUCCCUGCAACAAAGGUGGAGAAAUGAGCUUCCAAUCAUCUUGUGUGAUUGAAGAAGAGGAAGAGCUUGACCUCUCUUUACAUCUUUAAUACUACAUGACACUGUUAGGGUUUUCAGAAUCUGCUUAUGAGUGUAAUUUUUUUAAUGGAGGAAUUGAUA